AUGGAUGUCGAUGAAGAUGAUGACUUCUAUGCUGAUGAGAAAGGGGGGGAGGAGACUACUCAAGAACCCGAAAAAGCUGCAGAAACCCCUCAAACGACUGCCAAGCCGGCGCAGGAUGAUGGAGAUCUCGAGGAGGGCGAGGAGGAAGACGAGGCGGACGAGGAUGGGAGCGAUUCAGACAUAGAUAUCAUCACCGAGCGAAAAGAUGGAUUAAAAGCUCCCCCGCCUUCCCAGCCCAAAUAUAACGAGAUUCGAAAUAUCAACACAAGGACGACUUCGAGCGAUGUAGUUACGAAGCCUGCUGUGGUAAAAAAGGAAUCCUCUACAAAGACCGCUGCGCUGCCCACUGGAGGUGCUGAUCUCCCAGGCAUCUCAACUUCCAAGAUUGAUGUCAACGCGAAGCCCAUCUAUGAACCUGCAGGGAAGCCAAUCACCCAAGUCAACAUCGACGAAGAUCUGAACGAGAACGACAAACCUUGGCGCCGACCUGGCACAGACGUCAGCGACUUCUUCAACUACGGCUUCGACGAGUUCACAUGGGCACUUUACGCAAGCAAGCAAGAAACUAUUCGCUCCGAAUUCAGCUCUACGAACCAGAAGAAGAUGAUGGAAGAUAUGAUGAUGAUGUCGAUGGGCAUGCCGGGUAUGGUCCCCGGAGCUGCGGGCGGGGCUGGUAUGCCAGGUAUGCCAGGUAUGGAGGGCAUGACACCCGAGAUGAUGCAGCAGAUGCAAGCUAUGAUGGCUGCGGGUAUGGAUCCGAGUCAAAUGGGUGAUCCUUCUGCGAUGUUUGGUCAGGGAGCUGCGGGUGGUGCGCAAGGUGGGAACCAGGGGUUUGGGGGCCAGGGUUUUGGUCAGGGCCAGAAUCAGUAUGGGUAUGAUCAGGGCGCCGACAACAGGAAUCGUGGUGGGAACUUUGGGAGGGGACGCGGCGGGAGGAGAGGCGGGUGGUAG